GGGGCAAACAUGGUGAUCUGAAUGCAUUAUUGGUACUGAGCAACUCAUAGUGUAAAAAAUGAAAGAAAGAAAAUAGUGGCCAUUAGGUUAUUAAACAUGAAUGUAAAGAGUGUAUGAUAUUCAGCAAUCAUCUAUCUUUGUAAGUAUGAGUGAAAUUAUUUUUGAACGGGACAGCCCAAAACAACUGAAUAGUGUCAUUGUAUGUAAACUAAAAAAGUGCAAGAAUGCCAGGUGGUCAUGAUUUGGCAGCUUAAUGACUUACGUUGUGUCCAUCUUUUUCUUUCUAUAUAUUUCCAGUAGCAUAAAUCUCUACUAGCUAGUUUACUUUAUAUAUGCCUAUGCUGUUAAUGGGUCUUCUGAGAAAAUGAGUUGCUGUUAGAGAUGGAGAGACAAUCGGUCUGAACAAGUGUGACCUGAAACUAUCUAUGAUCCCAGGGCUGCUGCUUCCUCCAAGGGGGAGCUUGGCGAGGGGGGCUCCUUCCUGCGGCUCCUGCGCCAGGGCACCAUGCAGAGUCCCCGCAAUGCCACCGAGGUCCAGAUGAGCCAAAUGGUCCAGCCCGGCCACGCCAACCACCGAGGAGAGCUCAGCAUCGGACAGCUCCUCAAGUGGAUCGACACCGCUGCCUGCCUCUCCGCCGAGAGGCAUGCUGGCUGCCCCUGCGUCACAGCUUCAGUGGAUGAUAUCUAUUUUGAGCACACAAUUAGAGAGAUGCAUAUAGAGUCACCCUGGUACCAAUGCAGGAAGAACAAUGCCUGUGUUGGGCAGGUUGUCAACAUCAAAGCCAAAGUGAACCGGGCAUUUAACUCUAGCAUGGAGGUUGGUGUACAGGUCAGCUAUGAAGAUCUGUGUAAUGGGGAGCAAUGGAAUGUGUGCAAGGCAUAUGCAACGUUUGUGGCACAAGGCAAACCAGCUGCUAAGAUAAAGUUGAAACCAUUUGUUCCUCAAACAGAAGAAGAGAAGAUGGAAUACAGCAUUGCUGCUGAACGCCGUCGUAUGCGGCUGGCCCAUGCAGAUACAAUCAAAGGCCUUGUCUCUAACAAUCCUGUGCAGUCAGAGCUUGAGACCAGAGACUGCAACAUGGCUGUACCUGCAGAAAAGACACGCGUGGAGAGUGUGGAACUCAUUCUGCCUCCACAUGGCAACCAUCAAGGAAACACCUUUGGAGGACAGAUCAUGGCUUGGAUGGAGAAUGUGGCCACAAUAGCAGCGAGCCGAUUGUGUCAUUCACAUCCUACCCUGAAGACAAUAGAAAUGUUCCAUUUUCGGGGACCAUCUCAAGUAGGAGACCGCCUUCUCUUUAAGGCUAUUGUCAACAAUACAUUCAAGUACAGCAUGGAGGUCGGAGUGUGUGUAGAGGCCUAUGGACAUGAAAUGGAAGUCAGUCGAAGACACAUAAACAGUGCUUUCAUGACCUUUGUAGUUUUGAAUGAAGUGGGCCAACCACGAACACUCCCUUUGUUGAAACCAGAACCAGGGGAUGGAGAAAGGCGGUUUAAAGAAGCUAGCGCUAGGCAAAAAAUUCGACUUGACAGAAAAUAUGUCAUUUCCUGUAAGCAUACAGAAGUACCUUUGUCUGUACCUUGGGAUGAAAGUAACAAGGUUUAUCUCAGUUUCAACAAUGUUACUGCACUGAAGACAUUAGUAGCUAAAGCCAACUGGGUGCUUGCAUCUGAAAGAGAAAAGGUCAAGAUGUACAUACUGGAGGAGGACACAUUCCUCUCUAUUCGGAUAGAGAUGACCAUCUCUAUCAAUGCAAUGGAAGCCUGCCUCUUGCUGUCAGAUCUGCGACACAGACAUGAAUGGGAUAAGCAUUAUGCGAGCGCUGAACUUGUCCAGCAAGUAGACAAAGAUGACAUGAUCUACCAUGUAAUUAGUCAAACUAUGAGUGAAGAAAACAAGCCUCAAGACUUUGUCAUCCUAGCAUCACGAAGGAAGCCAUGCAGCAAAGGUGAUCCAUAUGUUGUAGCAUUCAGAUCCGUCACACUGCCAACACAUCCGGCAAAGCCAGAGUACACUCGAGGAGAAACUCUUUGUUCUGGUGUCUGUAUUUGGCAGGAAACAGAUGAACUCAGCAAAGUGUCUUAUUACCACCAGGCUACUUCAGGUGUGUUGAACUACAUUACAACCAAUAUUGCUGGCCUCUCUUCAAGCUUCCUUUCUACUUUUCAAGCCUGUGAACAGUUUCUCCUGAAGAACAAAGACAAUAGCUGCAUUGGACUUCAGGAUCUUUAGUUGUACAAAGUUGUUGUUUUUCCCCAUAAUGUUUUGUGUAAUGACAGACAUUAGGAUCUCAUUAGAUUAGCACUGCUAUAAAUACUGAAGUUGAUUUGCCAUCAAUGUGGGGAAGAAAGAUACAGACAUGUUUAAGUGCAUACGUUGUGCGACACAAGCUUAAGCACAAAAGCUAUUUUUAUCCACUUGUGAUUGGAAUGAGCAUUUUUAUCUAGGACAAUGUAAUGAUCAAAGCUUUCCUGUUCAUGGUGUGGGUAUUUUUUAUAUAGAGAGGAACAUAUGAAGAUUCUUCCUGGAUCUUUGAAAUACUUCAUCACCCCUGUAUUGGCUUCUGUUGAAGUCUUGUAUUUAUUUGAUUGACAGGAAAAUCUGAUGUAAAUGAAAACUUGAAAAUGUACACUUUUCUGGUCAUGCGUCACUUUUUAAUCUUGUCCAGUACACUAAUUACUAGAGUAGAGAAUCAUUUUUGCAUUGGCUUAAAAGUAUUUAAUAAUUAUUUUUUAUAUAGGAGAAAUAGGUGUUAAACUUAUUUUUAACAUGCCUUUUUACCAAGAGGAUUAAGAGUCACACAAAAUUAGAAGGAAAGUUCUUGGAUUGUUCUUUGUUGGAAGAAUCAACAGACAAACAUGGGGGUUAGUGGAGGAUACUUUGGCCAUUGAGUAACUGCCUUAUUUCAGAGCUCACUACACAAAUGCAACAAGGUAGUCUGAUGGUGUCACAUUUAGGAAGAAACUUUAAAUAUUAUUUGCAAAAGUGUCCUUUUAAAUCUUCCUUGAAUACUGGAAUAUGUCUGUUCAUUUUUGGUGAGUUUGAGUCCGAGAAAGAUUAGAUUGUUUUGUCAUAGAGGAACUAUUUGUCCCAUGUAGAGAUAAUCCAGCCUCUCUUUUUGGCUCAUAACACAAUCAUGUACAGGGUAACUGAUCCUCUGCUGUGUUGAUUGGAUCUUUCCUGAUUUUGUGCAAUUUUUGUCAGUCUAGACUUCCAAUAUAUUGUAUUGGUUCUCUGAGUUGUGGAAGCAUUUGAAAUAAAUGGCAAUAAAAUCAAAUGUAAAAGAGGAAGCAACGAGUUUUCAUGUGUAAGGAAGAGUCUGUUUGCUUUCUGGAGAAGGUGAGAAAUCAUAAUCUCUUAAUUAAAUCUAUGUGUUUGCGCAUGUUA